UAAUAUACGCACGUUAUGUACGUCACUACAAAUAUAUAUACAGGAUGUGUGUACAGGAAGAUAGAAAUAUUGAUUGCGUAGAUUAUUUCAAUAGAAUAAAGAGAACUAUUUUACCCAGGAUGUCCGUGACACUUGGGUUUAAUAUGCAUACAUGUUCUGAUUUUUGAUUUGAUUGUUGCGCUUGAUAAACACUGAGUUCACUAGCUCCGGUAAUUUGAAUAAAAUGGAAGAAGACCACCGUUUUACCAUCGAGGAACAACCACCAAGAUCACAAUUUGAAUCGUCUUUAUUUUUCAAAUACAUCCGACCAUGUAUUGCCGAGAUGUUUGGCACUAUACUCAUAGUCUUUACUGAUAUAUGUCUUGGAUGGAGCAAUGCUUUAGCACAUGGUUACUUGAUAUUUGCGUUAAUCGCUGCAACUUCUUCUGUCAGCGGUGGUUGUUUUAAUCCAGUAGUAACCCUGGCGCUAACAAUCUUUCGUGGUAUACAACCAGUACUUGCACCGUUGCUUGUUCUAUCUCAAAUUUUGGGAGGAAUAAUUGGCGCAGCUUUAGCCCGAGCAGGGAUGAGCUCUGAGAACUACAAAAUGAACUUUGGUGGUGUUCGUAUCCUAGGAGCUAAUAUCAAUCCAGGUCAAGGCAUUUUGGCUGAAGCCUUAGCGACCUCCAUUUUGGUACUCGUAGUGUUGAUGGUUUUAUUAGAUGAGAGAAACAAGAGUAAACUCGCUCCUCUCGCCAUUGGUUUGUCAGUUGUAGGCGGAAUUUUAACAAAUCAUUCGAUUACAGGAGGUUCCAUGAAUCCUGUGCGAAGUUUUGGUGCAGCAGUUGUGAAAAAUUAUUGGAAACAUCAUUAUGUCUACUGGGUUGGUCCGUUUCUUGGUGGCAUGUUAUCAACUUUGAUGUAUGGUUUUGUCUUGGCUUCACCAAACCAACUAUGGCUAGUUUGGUAGAGCACUGUAUGGAUACAGGACUCGCAUUGUAAAAGUCUUUUAAUGGAUUUAAACCUUCGAGGAUGGAGUAGUUUAUAUAUAUACUCGGAAGCUUGAAAAUUUUUCGAUUUUUUUCUCUUCGUGAGAUUUAAUGUGUUAAUGAAAAACAUAGGUCCAUAACGACGCUCACUUUGUCUUUAGCAUAUUGUUAUGUAGUAGUUGAAGAUUUUCGUCAGGAUGUAAGCAAGAUAAAAGAAUAUGUAUGAAUCGGAUAGAUUAUUGUGAGCCCUUUGCGUAUCAGUUCUCAGCAGAAACCAAAACGCAUUAAAGUUCUGCUUAUCGACCGAUAAAA